UUCAGUAGAAAUUCAUUGGCCGCCCAAAUCGCAUGUGGAUCGGUGGAUCGGUGGAAAAUCAGAGGACUGUGAGAAUCCCCCAUUAAAAGAAAGGCAGACAGCGAAAAGUAAAGACACACUCCAUCAGAUCAGAUGCGGAUCAUUGGCGGACCGUACGAUUGCUGGGGGCCGAAAACAACAACAAAAAAAUACGCAAAAAUUGAUGGUUAAAAUAAAUAAAUAAAUGAAUUUUCGGUGGCAACGUACCACAACACAUGGCAAAGAGUGCAGUGCGCGUUUCAGAUUCCGAUUCCGAUUCACAUUCACAUUCAGAUUCGCAAACAGAUUCCUGUAUCCAUAAUGAAAAUGCCCAAAAACAUAAGACAAAAAUUCACAAAAUUAUUUUGAAAAUAAAACCUGAAGCAAAGACUCAUUAAUUUUCCAAUACCGUGUCAGGGUGAAAGUAUCUGACGGAUGCGAGCAAAGGUGUUUCUGUGCUGUGCUGUGCAGUAAUUUUAAACGCAUUUCAUGCGCUUGUUUUGACAUUGAAAUGAAAUAACCAUUAAAAUAGGACAAUUAAAACGGAGAAGAUACACAGAACCAUAGCCAGAACGGAUACGAGAUACACCUGAGAGAGUGCCAAAACAAUAUCAUCUACACUGAGGAACAAGGAGGAAUUCAGAAAGGCAGCCAAAGAUGACGACGCGGGGCAUUCGCCGUAAGAAGUCGACGCUGACGGAGUUGAAGAUAGCCGUGAUUGGGGCACCCAGUGUUGGAAAGAGCGCUUUAAUCGUCCGCUUCCUAACGAAGCGAUACAUUGGCGAGUACGAUCAUCAGACUGAGAAUCGGUACAAGCACGAGGCCAUGGUGGACGGUGAGCCGGUGCUCUUCGAGAUACUCGACACAUGUCCCAAGGCCGAUGAUGAAUUUCCCAAUGCCGCGGAGCUGGUGCAAUGGGCAGAUGGCUUGCUCCUUGUCUACUCCAUCACCGAUCGCAAGAGCUUCAAUUAUAUACGCCGUGCCAAGUCUGAUCUCCAAUCCGACACACCCGUCCAGCUGUGCGCCAAUAAGGUGGACAUGGUGCAUCUGCGGCAAGUGAGUCGCGACGAGGGCGAGAUCCUGGCCAAAGACUUUGAGUGCAAGUUCAGCGAGGUCUCUGCCGCCGAUCAUGUCGAUCAGGUGGCCGAGGUCUUCAACGAGCUGUGCAAAGAGGUGCUCGCCUCCAAGCGCAAGUCCAAGCAGAGUCUGCUGGAGCGCAUGCUCGGCGGCGCCCGGCCCUACAGCCGGGGGAAGAGCGACAGCAAUUUGCCAAAAGACUGAACAGCAGUGGAGUGCGUUUCUAAAUGUAAAUAAAUGUACAAUUUUUAUUCUA